UGCCAUGGUAACGUUACGUAGGCGCUGGUAUGUUUCCGUUUCCACUGCUCUCCGAAAGCAAAAGUCAGGAUUUCUUGUCCCUUGUUGCUAUCCGUCCGUAUCGCACGAACUGCUCUCCUGCUUAGAAAUGGCUGAAGCUCCCCCACGGCCCUGCCGGUUUUUUUGUCACCGGUGUUCAGCAGAGAUUAGUCCUCGUUUGCCGGACUACACCUGUCCACGUUGUGAAUCUGGCUUCAUUGAGGAACUGCCUGACGAGAGAAGUACUGAAAAUGGGUCCGCAUCCACGUCCUCCACCAGUGAUCAGAACCGCCCAGCUUUUGAGAACUUGGAUCACCAACAUUUAUUCACAUUCCCCUCUGGGUACGGUCCGUUCGCCCUCGGGAUUUUUGACGAAAACUUCGACCUUCGAACGCGGCUACCUGCAGAGGACAACAGGGAGACAGAAAACAGGAGAGAAAGGGAAAUGGCAUCACGGCAGCGAUACAGUGCGCGGCAACCACGGGGUCGACAUGUUCCUCGACGACAGGGUACGCGCCACGAAGGAGUGCCCACAUUAGAGGGCAUCAUCCAGCAGCUAGUAAAUGGAAUUAUAGCACCUACGGCCAUGCCAAAUAUCGGGAUGGGACCAUGGGGUAUGCUACAUUCCAAUCCAAUGGACUACGCCUGGGGCGCCAACGGUCUUGAUGCAAUCAUUACACAGUUAUUGAACCAGUUUGAGAACACGGGUCCUCCUCCUGCAGACAGAGAAAGGAUAAAGAGUUUACCCACCAUCUCCAUUACAGAGGAACAUGUGGGUGCUGGUUUAGAGUGUCCUGUGUGCAAAGAAGACUACAGUGUCGAGGAGAAUGUUAGACAGCUGCCGUGCAAUCAUUUGUUUCACAAUGACUGUAUAGUACCAUGGCUGGAACAGCAUGACACGUGUCCUGUGUGCAGGAAGAGUCUUAGCGGUCAGAACACAGCCACAGACCCUCCGGGGCUAUCAGGAAUGAACUUCUCUCCCUCCUCCUCCUCCUCUUCCUCCCCUAGCUCACCUAGCAAUGAGAAUGCUGCUAGCAACUCAUAGAUUUUCACCGUCAGCACCACCUCACAUCCGAAAAAAACCUCACAACAUAAGUCAGAUACGACCCAACGGCUCCAGGACAGUCGUCUGUCUCAAUUCAAGCGGACGAUAUGAGUCGAGGUGAACUCUGUUGCAGAUUGUUAGUCAUCAUCCCUCCCCUGUGCUGAUCGGAUGCUGGGUCCAGGUCCUGCUGCUAUUGUUGCUGAGUAAUUGAGGAGGGGGGGGAUUGGGCAGUGAUGAUGGAGGAUCCAGAAAGGCUGUGAAUAGUGAUAAUAAGAUUUGGAUUGUAACCUGAACUGGAGCAGAGUUUGACUCGGAGUGGACUGCUUUUUGACUGAGACAUGUCUUUGCCACGAGGCCGGGACACAUUUUAUAUUUAAAAGACAAAAUGCUCUUUUUUUAAGAAAAAAAAAACAUUUCCUGUGGUGGUGCAGAGUACAUAGAUGUGUAGAUAGAGAAUUCAUUUUGAACUGUGAGCCACUGUACAGCUACUGGAUCAAACUAAAACCUUGUGGAGAGGAGGCAAGCGGAGGGUUUGGAUCAGGUUUAAUUUAUUUGCACCUUUUUUUUUGUUUUGCACAAAAUUCUGUCUGAUGUUGAGAAUGUGAAUUUGGAGAAACUACUGACAAAAAAAAACAUUUUCGCAUUGGAAAGAGUCUUUUAGGGCUUGUUUCUUUUCUUUCUUUCUUUUUAAUUAGAUUCUCUUUAUUAGAGCUUGGUCCGGUGUACUUGGUGUGUGUUGACAAGGUGAAGAUCCACACGGCUCAACAGUGGACACAUUUUUAAUCCACAGACCUACUUAUUUAUUGAACCCUUGCCCAAGACACAAAUUGAGCAACGUAAAAGGAGAAAAAAAAGAUGCAUAAAAAAAAUAAAUAAAAAAAAACAGGCAUGGGAUCAUCUUACCUCUAUGGAACUGACCAAAUGUGUUUCACCAAACAAGUGUUUAUUAUUUUAUUUACUGAUUUUUCGUACGGUCACAAUAAAGUGCUUAAACAAACACA